UAUGUAGAUUGUCUAGAGAGGUCUGGGUUCGUCGGCCUAUCUGGUUCAUCAUGACAGCGUCCGGCCCGAAACAUAGGUAUUCAUGUGCUGCUCAGCGUGCAACCACUAUUGGCACUUUACGAUGGCCUUGUUAUCUUGUUUACAAACCUUGAGAGCGUGAAUGGCCGCCGAGCAACCUAUCCCAGUCUACACCAAUCUCAGUGAUCUCUAUGGAAGCCUUGGGACCAGUCUGAACCACGCCGAAAAGUGGAACAGUAUCGCAGAGGAAUUCCAGCAAAGGUUUGGUCGAAAACCAGCCUAUAUUGCUCGUGCGCCAGGACGAGUGAACUUAAUUGGUGAACACAUCGAUUAUUGUCUAUUUGGUGUACUCCCAGCAGCAAUCGAGCGCGAUAUCUUGAUUGCUAUCGGCCGAAGACCAAAUCCUAAUGCGGAAGAUGCUCCAGGAAGUGUUGUCGCUGAAAAUGUGCAGACAAAAUACACCCGUCAGGUCUUUGCCCCAGCUCCGAGACGACGGGCAAGUGUCUCUGAGGAAGAAGUCCGUCUUGAGGAGUGGCAUCUGGAUAUCAACACUAAGCAACUGCGAUGGGAAAGUUAUGUCAAGGCCGGAUACUAUGGCGUACUGAUUAACUACUUCGCUGGAGGACAAAAUCCAGCUUCUGUCGACCUUCUUGUCACUGGGACUGUUCCCGCCGGGUCAGGACUCUCAUCUAGUGCUGCGAUGGUAGUCGCGAGUACUCUAGCAUUCCUUGCUGUCAAUGAGAAACUCGAAGCCAACUUUACAGGUAACGGUCCCAAGAUUUCCAAGGGUCAGCUCGUCGAGAUGGCUGUUGCAAAUGAGAAGCGAGUUGGGGUAAAUUCCGGCGGAAUGGACCAAGCGGCAUCGGUCAUCUCCGUUCCCUCCUCCGCCCUUUAUAUAUCCUUCUUCCCAGAACUAUCUGCAUCUGCAGUACCUCUUCCCACUGGGGCUAUCUUCAUCAUUGCCAACUCACUUGUCGUUUCUGAUAAAGCCGUUACGGCCAAACACAAUUACAAUCUUCGAGUUGUGGAAACUCUUGCUGCAGCUCGUAUCCUUGCUCGUCAUUUAGAACUCAAGGUUGGAAAGACUGAGAAAGUCACGCUGCGGGAGGUUGUUGGACGAUUGGCUGGUGAGGUUGAGGAGGUUGGUGCGAUGCCUGUAGAGUGGCUAUUGGAAACAUUGAAGAGAAUGGAACGUGAGAUUGAAUGUUUGAAACCAAAAAAGUCGAGUGGUGAAGGACAGUUUGGUGUAACGAUGGAAGAGAUGAUUGAAAUGAGCGGUAUGACUGCGGAGGAAUUUAAGGAAGUGUAUCUGUCGUGGGUGGAAGUUGAAGCUACCCAAUUCCAGCUAUACAAACGAGCGAAGCAUGUCUUUUCCGAAGCUUCACGGGUCCUUCAGUUCCGCCAGAUCUGUCUCGCUGCUGAAUCAUCUCCCUCCCCAUCGGAUGUAAUCAAAGACCUCGGAAAGUUAAUGAACGAAUCACAGACCAGCUGCGACGAAUUGUUUCAAUGCUCAUGCCCUGAGCUCAAUGAAUUAACAAACAUCGCAAAAGACGCUGGGGCCAUUGGUAGUCGAUUGACUGGUGCUGGUUGGGGCGGAUGCACGGUGUCUCUCGUUGCCGAGGGUGAUGUAGACGCUUUCAUCAAGAAAGUGAGCGCAACAUACGGACCAUAUAAGGGUCUUCAAGACACAGCACUUAGUGAAGUCAUCUUUGCUACCAAACCGAGUAGUGGGGCCUGUGUGUACAAAUUCGAGUAACACACCAAAUGGCGAGCAGAAUCAUGUACAGCAAAUUCAGGCGAAGUCGAAGUCGCGCUAGGAAUUUCAGUAAGUAUACUUAGUACACAGUGUAGAAUUAUGUAAAAUGUAUGUUUUGGAUGCACGAAGUACUGCGUCAAUUGUGUGAAGCACCAAUAAUUGUUUGAC